AUGGGGGGGGGGGACCCCAGUGUGACUGAGAGUGUGACUGAGAGUGUGACUGAGGCCUCUGCGUAUGCGGACUCACUCACAGGCAUUUCACCAAACAUGUUAUCGUAUGGAAGCACGUUUAUAUCAGGAAAACGUUAUGAACCACUUGUAAAUCACGAGAUACGAGAACUCUUCCUAAACCCUUCCGACAACGAGCUGUUCGAAGAACACGAUGUCACCCCGAAGUCCCGAGGCUCCAACCUUCUCCCACCAUCCUUCGUCGCCAGCAACCUCGGCUACGUUCCACCAUCCACGUUCCUCGUGGCUCCCGGCAUUCAUCCCCGGACAACUCCGAGGCCGUCGGUCCCUCGCCUUCCAUCAGCCCCAGGGGGAGAACUCGACUUCGGCGCGCGAGGGACAUCGUCCCUCCCCGAAGCCGCUCUCCCAUCCGCUCGAGAUCCAGGCGCUCGAACAACGGGCAAAACCACCCUGACCCUCCUUCACCACGCCGACUCUCCCUUAACUGUGAGUCCUGUGGCGCACCUUCCCAUCCAGCCACCACAUGCACCCUCACAGCCCCCCUGCCUUCCACAGCCGCUCCUAGAAGACGGAGCCCCACCGGUUACCGCAGCCUGCCUCCAUCAUUUCCCCCACCAUCCACCAUCCAUCAUCCCAAAACCAGCCACCAACCAGCCAACAACCACCGGCCCUCUCCCCAAAGGGGUAGACAGGAGAGGCAGACCAGUCCUCUUCCAGGGCGGGAGAAUGGUCUGCAACAACUUCAACGAUUUAGGAUGCAGCACCUCUAGCUGCCGCUUCCUCCACACCUGCUCCUUCUGCGGAGGUGCCCACUCCAGACCAACCUGUCCCCACAACCCCACCAAGCACAGCCUCUGUAAGUACCUCAAUACACCAAUCAAGGUCCAAGCUCUAGCUUCCGCCUUACAGAACCACCCAGACCACCAGUUCACCAGCUUCCUAAUACAAGGUUUCACACACGGCUUCCACCCAGGUUUGCAGGUUAAACCAGAGCAGUCCUAUACAUGCCAUAAUUUGAAAUCCGCCAUUUCCGAGCCCGACAUAGUUGACAAACUCCUGGCUCAGGAAGUCAAAGACUUCAUGAUCGGCCCUCUCCAUAGCCCACCUUUUCUCAUAUUCAGAAUCAGCCCCAUCGGCAUAGCUACUAGGAAAUACUCAGGAAAAAAGAGACUUAUAAUAGACCUCUCAUCCCCCCACGGCUCUUCCAUCCCAAGCAUCAAUAGCCUAAUCCCGAGCCCGGACUACUCCAUGCAGUACACCACAAUCACCAACGCCGCAUCCCUCAUUCGCCUCGCAGGUCAAGGAGCCUGGUUGGCUAAAGCGGACAUCAUCAGCGCCUUCAAAGUUCUUCCGAUCCACCCCGAAUUCUGGCAUCUUUUCGGCGUCCAUUGGAAAGGCUCUUAUUACUUUGCAGUGCGCUUGACCUUCGGGUGCAAGAGCAGCCCAAAAAUCUUCGACUGCUUAUCCGAAGCUCUCUGCUGGAUCCUGACCAACGUCCAUAAACUUCCGUACGUCAUCCACCUCUUAGAUGACUUCCUCACCGUCACGCCACCUUCCUCACCCCCAGCACACGGCCUCAACACUUUAACCUCAGCGUUCAAGGAACUCGGCGUUCCUCUGUCUCCAGAGAAAACCGUAGGCCCCAGCACCUCCCUCGAAUUCCUCGGCAUCACCCUCGACUCAGUUUCACUCCAAGCAUCCCUACCUACCGAAAAAAUCAAUCGGAUCUCCUUACUCAUUUCAAAUUACCUCCUGGCCCCCAAGUGCACCAAACACCAACUCCUUUCACUGUUAGGCCACCUCAACUAUGCCAUUCGCAUCAUACCCCAAGGUCGAUCCUUCUUGUCCCACCUCCUUUCAGUCGCCGCCUCUGUCCCAAAUCUCCAUGGCCACGCCUCCCUGGACAAAGCAUGCAAAACGGAGCUAAAACUGUGGCACCAGUUCCUCUCCUCAUGGAACGGCAUCUCUUUAUUUUACGAUGACCACAUCACCAAGCCGGAAGACAUCCAGCUGUUCACAGACGCAGCCCCCUCCAUCGGCUUCGGCGGCUUCUACGGCAGCAAAUGGUUUUCAGCCGAAUGGCCGCACAAAUUCUCAUCCCUCACCCCUUCUUCGGCAAUCUCUGAAAUGUAUCCGGUAGUCAUAGCAGCCAUUCUUUGGGGCUGGGAAUGGUCCAAAAAGAUAAUCGCUUUAUAUUCAGACAACAGCGCCGUCGUAGACAUCAUCAACAAAGGAUGGUCACAUUGUCUAGACAUAAUGCAGUUCAUGCGUAGACUCACCUUGGUUUCGGCCCAGCAACAAUUCAUCAUCCGAGCCUAUCACAUCCCAGGUCACAAAAACUCCAUAGCUGACUCACUUUCUCGUUUCUCUUUACAGAAAUUCAGACCAUUGGCCCCUGCCGCGGACCCUCUGCCAACUCCGGUCCCACCGUUUUCAGCCACCAUCUUCAACUGA